AUGGUGUCUGCUUCGAAAGCCGCUCGUUUGGCAAAGCGUGCCGCCGAUGGUGACACUAAGAAGAAGGCUGGCAAGUCCAAGGCCGGUGCUGCCACCGAUGGCACGGAGACCCCUGGCACUCCCGGCACUCCUGGCACUCCCACCGAGGACCAGCCCGCCACCACAGAGGCUAAGAUGAAGGAAGUCGAGAAGCUUACGGCUCAGAUGGAUAAGCACGGUCUUUCUGAUCGUGUCACCACUGGUGUGCUCUCUUCGUUGGCUUCCUCUCGCGAUACCAAAAUCACCUCUGCCUCGCUGGUGUUCCACGGAAAGGUUCUUAUCACCGAUUCCAUCCUGGAACUUAACUUCGGUCGUCGUUAUGGUCUGCUGGGAGAGAACGGUUGCGGAAAGUCCACCCUACUCAAGGCCAUUGCUCACCGUGAAUAUCCGAUCCCUGAUCACAUUGAUAUCUAUCUCCUGAAUGAAGGAGCCCCUCCUACGGACCUGGGUGCUUUGGAAUGGGUUGUCACCGAGGCCGAAAACCAACUGAAAUCGAUGGAAGAGAAAGCUGAGCAGAUUUUGGAGGAGCAAGGCCCCGAGAGUCCCAUCCUCGAAGAUUUGUAUGAUCGUAUGGAUAAAAUGGAUCCCUCUACUUUCCACACUCGCGCUUCUUUGAUCCUCACAGGUUUGGGCUUCAACAAGGUUACGAUCAACAAGAAGACGAAGGACAUGUCUGGUGGCUGGCGUAUGCGUGUUGCCCUUGCCAAGGCCCUGUUCGUCAAGCCAUCUCUGCUUCUGCUGGACGACCCCACCGCUCACUUGGAUCUUGAGGCCUGUGUGUGGUUGGAAGAAUACCUGAAGAAGUGGGAACGUACUUUGGUCCUUGUUUCCCACUCCAUGGACUUUUUGAAUGGUGUCUGCACCAACAUGAUUGACAUGCGGAUGAAGCAGCUCCUGUACUAUGGUGGUAACUAUGACUCGUACCACAAGACGCGUUCCGAACAGGAGACCAAUCAAAUGAAGGCGUACCACAAGCAACAGGAGGAAAUUGCUCACAUCAAGAAGUUCAUUGCCUCUGCUGGUACUUACGCCAACUUAGUCAGACAGGCGAAGUCCCGCCAGAAGAUCCUCGACAAAAUGGAAGCCGAUGGCUUCAUCCAGCCCGUUAUUCCUGACAGGGUCUUCACCUUCCGCUUCGCCGAUGUGGAGAAGCUUCCUCCUCCUGUCCUGUCCUUCGACGAUGUCAGUUUCUCCUACUCUGGCCAGUGGUCGGACACCCUUUAUGAGCAUCUGGACUUUGGUGUUGAUAUGGAUUCUCGAACUGCCCUUGUCGGACCUAAUGGUGUCGGCAAGUCUACUCUGCUUCGUCUCAUGACUGGCAAGCUGCACCCCAUCGGUGGUCGUGUUAGCCGUCACACUCACUUGAAACUGGGCAUGUACAGCCAGCAUUCUGCUGAACAGCUCGACUUGACCAAGUCGAGUUUGGAAUUCGUCCGCGACAAAUUCCCCGAGAAGAGUCAAGAUUACCAGUACUGGCGCCAGCAGCUUGGCCGCUACGGUCUCACUGGUGAAGCUCAAACCGCUCUGAUGGGUACUCUGUCGGAAGGUCAGAAGAGCCGUAUCGUGUUCGCUUUGCUGGCGAUCGAGUCGCCGAACAUGAUUCUUCUUGACGAGCCUACCAACGGUCUCGAUAUCCCCACCAUAGACAGUUUGGCUGAUGCCAUCAACGCCUUCAGCGGCGGUGUUGUUGUGGUGUCUCACGACUUCCGACUGCUCGACAAGAUCGCCAAGGACAUCAUGGUCUGUGAGAACAAGACCAUUCGCCGGUGGGAUGGCAGCAUCGGUGAAUACAAGAACUAUCUUCGCAAGAAGAUGAUUGACUCGGGUGCAGUCUAA